UGACGCUUUACGUCCUCGUCGCAGCAAUGUCUAAAGCCUUUGUCCAAAAGCCCGCCCCCCAUUUUAGCGGAACAGUAGUCGAGGAUGGCUUGUUCAAAGACAUAAGCUUGAAUGACUUUAUAGGAAAAUGGCUGGUUUUCUUUUUUUAUCCAUUAGACUUUACAUUUGUAUGCCCGACGGAGAUCCUUGCUUUCAACCGUGCAUUACCUCAAUUCGAGGGUAUUGAUUGUGCUGUUAUUGCUGCAUCUACGGAUUCUAUCUAUUCCCACCUUGCAUGGGCCAAUACACCACGAGCUGAGGGCGGCCUUGGGCCCAAUCUUCGGCUUCCCCUGCUUGCCGACAAGAAUAUGCAGAUCGCACGAGAUUAUGGUGUGCUAAUAGAAGAGGAGGGUGUCGCUCUGCGUGGUCUGUUCAUAAUAGACCCCAAAGGCAUAUUACGCCAAGUGACCAUUAACGACACGGCAGUCGGUCGGUCCGUGGAGGAGACUCUACGACUUGUCAAGGCCUUUCAGUAUACUGAUAAGCAUGGCGAGGUCUGUCCGGCUGAUUGGAAGGAGGGAGAGGACACCUUGGUUGCCGAUGUGAAAGAGAGCCGGACGUAUUUCGCAAAACAAGGCGACAUGGAGAAUGUAACGACAGGCGUGAAUGGUGAUGUCGCUGUUAAAAAGCGACCAGCUUCGAAAACGGAGGAGAACGGCCCAAAUAAGAAAGCGAAGCAGUCUUGAUUGUGGUACUGAAAUGACACGUUCGCUAGUCUUUUUUCCCCACAGGCCUCUCAUCAUCGAUACUAGUGAUAUUUGACAUUUGCGAGAAUGGUAUAAUGGGAUAUUUCGUUCAAGAGGG